AUGGAGAGCCGCAACAUCGCGCUCCUCGGGGCCUUGCUGUUCAUCUGCCGACCAGCGUCCGCAUUUGUGUCCGUAGUAGGGCCGGUGACCGCCAACAACGGGGGAGCAGGAUUGAGUGCGCCGCGAAGCGCCUCAGCGCCGUGGAACGAGCAUGCCAGAGGGCAGCAGCCAGUGUCAUCGCUAGCGGGGAGGCGGAGCCGCGCUGGCACCGCGUUGUCUAUGGGGGCGAAGUCGGUGGUAUUUGGAGAAGAUGCCCGCAAGAAGCUCGCGGACGGCAUCAACGCGGUUGCCGACGCGGUCAAGGUGACCCUGGGGCCGAAAGGCAGGAACGUGGUGCUCGAGCGGGCGUACGGCGCCCCCGAGAUCGUCAAUGACGGUGUCACGAUCGCCAGGGAUAUCGAGGUCGAAAACCACGAGGAAAACGUGGGCGUUAAGCUCGUCCAGGAAGUGGCGCAGAAGUCGGACAACAGGGCCGGUGACGGGACGACGACAUCGACCCUCCUCACCCAGGAGAUCGUAAACCAGGGCAUGCGUCUCGUGACUUCGGGCGCCAACCCGGUGGAGUUGCGGCAGGGCAUCCUGGCUGCGUCGGGCAUGAUCAUCGAGGAGAUCAAGAAGUUGGCUGUGCCCGUCGGGAAGAACGAGGACCUCCUCAACGUCGCUACGAUCGCUAGUGGAUCUUCAACCAUGGGAGGCAUCAUCGCCAAGGCCUUUGAGAGGGUCGGGGACACCGGGUCCACCGUGGUGGAGGAGAGUCAGACACUGGGCGACGAGGUCGAGUUCACGGAGGGACUCACGAUCGACAGGGGUUACCUGUCGCCCUACUUCAUCAGCGACCAGGAGCGCUCGCUGUGCGAGUUUAAGAACCCGAAGAUCCUGGUAACAGACAAGAAGAUCGACCAGGUGAACGACCUGAUCCCCCUCCUGGAGGCCAUGGUCCAGGCCAAGGAGCCCCUCCUGAUCAUGGCCGAGGACGUUGUCGGUGAGGCGCUCUCGGCCCUCGUGGUGAACAAGAUGCGAGGAGUGCUGGACGUCGUGGCCGUGAAGGCACCGUCUUUCGGGGAGAGGCGCAAGAACUACCUGCAGGACAUCGCGAUCGCCACCGGCUCCACCUACGUGGCGGAGGAGGUCGGCCUUACUCUGGACCAGGUUAAGAUCGAGAUGCUCGGCACGGCAGACCGCAUUGUUGUGAUGAAGGAGCAGACGACGAUCGUGUCGGACGGGAGAAACGACGAGGCGGUAAAGGCCCGCAUCAAGACCAUCCGCAAGGAUGCCGAGACAAGUGACAGCGCUUUCGACAAAGAGAAGGCGGAUGAGCGUGUCGCUGCCCUCGGUGGGGGUAUAGCACGCAUCAAGGUUGGUGCGGCAACCGAGACCGAGCUGAAGGACAAGAAGCUGCGUUACGAGGACGCCUUGAACUCUGUAAGGUCAGCCCUUGAGCUGGGGAUCGUUCCCGGUGGCGGUGCCUGCCUGCAGUACCUCCAGAGGAUGGACGAAGAGUUCCGGGCCCGUGUGGAGGGCGAAGACCGCAAGGCCGGCGUUGGCAUCCUCAUGCGCUCCCUCAGCGCCCCUAUGAUGCAGAUCGCCAAGAACGCAGGCGUGGAGGGCGGGAUCGUUGUCGCCAAGUGCGACAACAAGGAGUGGGGCUUCGGCUACAACGCGGCAAACUCUGAGUACUGCGACCUGCUGGAGGCGGGUGUCCUCGACCCAGCAAAGGUGACGAUCAACGCGGUGGAGAACAGCGCAAGUGUGGCCUCGUUGGUGCUCACCACCGAGUGCCUCAUCGCCGAGAUCCCCGUGAAGGUGUCCGAGGCACAGCAGCAGGCCAACUACGACGCCAUGGGCGGCGGAGACUACAUGUAAACCGGCGUGGUAUCAUAGGAUCUUGCACCCCAACCAAUACCCUAUUGAUACGGGCCGUGGAUGGCGGCGAAGGCUUCCGUAGUAUUGAACAUGCAGGGCACGGUGAAAAGCUAUGCCUAACUCGUGCAAUGAGCGGUUAGGAUCAAGUGGAAAAUCCGCCCUGCCUGCGGUAGUCUGACCGAGGGAAGCGUUGUGGUCGGCUGUGGCUCGAGUUUGCUGGGUGAGCGUAGGGAAACUCAAGUGCACACGCAACCUAAGCUUUUUGUCAGGAGAGGUUGGGACGUUGUGUUGGGCAAAGGCCAAGGCCUUGCUUUCGCCCUUGGGGUAGACGGGGGAGCUCCGAGUGAAGGCCGUUCUCGGUUCGAAGUCGGUAAGGGGGUUAAUCAACACUUUUGUUUUCAUUUUUUUGCCUGCGGUCUCAGAUGCGCUCUUUUACUAAUCGUGUCUAGGAGGGUUGGUGACUGAACCGCGGGUUGGACUUGCGCGCACACACGUGCCCCCCGCCGGUGCCGGCGAGGGAUACGUCGAUGCGACGUGCGAUGCCGGCCGGAUCUUGAAUCGAUUUCUUGGCUGACCUUUUCGUCGGUGGUUUUGGCUCAGGGACGGAGGUUGGAAUCUCCAAAUAGAAGAGGCGCAACCACCUGCCUAAAAGUGUGCGUCGUGCGGGGAAACCAGCCGUGUUUGGCCGAUCUGCACGUGCAGUAGCAUGUUUUUUUGGCAUCUUCGCACCCCAUCGAACGACGCAGACCCGCUAGGUUUGCAUUCGCGUUCGGGAGACGACGGGGUAUGUGUUCGGGGCGCGUUUAUUGGUAGAGGGGGGAUGUAGACUUAUUCCGAUCAUAAACGGACGUUUGCUGGUUAUUAUCUAUGUGCUGGCAUGGCGCGAGCAGCAGUCCGACGCCAAUCUCUGGCGCCAAUCAAAGAUGGAUGUGGAUACCGUCUCCCACCUCCUCC